GCCAGCCUAGUCCCAGCUUUUCUCAGCCUCCUGGCACUACCCCUCACCCCUCUGGGUAGGGGUCCUUCAGGAAGGGUUAGGAAUUCUCCCUGAGCCAAACCUGACUGGAAGGGGGGGGUCCAACUUGUCUGUCCCCCCUUCUCCAGGGCACCCCUGAGUUGGCAAAUUGUUUCCUUUCUUUGCCUUGCUCUCCUCUCGGGGGUAUGUGGGGAGAGAAGCCUCCUGCUUGACAAGUGUCUGAGAGGGGGGUUGGUGGUCUGGGGUGCCCCUCCUGGGCAGGGGCAAGGGGAAUGCCAACUUUGGUUGGCAAAACUUUCAAGCCCCUAUUCCUUGGUUUCUUUGGUGGGGGUGCCAGUCUAGGACCUGUGCCCUGCUCCCACCCAGGCAGAAGCUGGGACAGGGCCAUGGGGCAGCCCUCCCUCAUCCCAUAUUUGAGUUUCAGAAAAUGAAAAAGCCACUUGGGGCUGGGAGAGCCCUUUGUGCUGCCUGGGAUCUGGUGGGGAUGCUGCUGCUUGCUGGAGCUGGUGGGCGUGUGGAAGGAGUGGGCUGGGGCACGUGGGGGACGGGUCCUCCUUGUCUGCUCUGCCAGCCGGCCCUCCCAGCCACCCUGACCCCACACUGCCUCCAACCCCAGGGAGUCGGAGAGCAGCACUUGUCCCUAGGCUGUCGCUGCUCCGGGGCUCUGUUUGUUUCUUGGGCUGACACGCUGUACUCCGUAUCUCAGGGUUCCAGGACAUUGGACAAGGUGAUCAGGCCCGUCUGGCUCCCACUGCCUCCCAUGCAGGUGGAACACCAGCUUGCCUUGGACCUGGCCCUUCUUACCAGCUGCUCCUCCUGUCCUGACCUGUCCUGGGGGUCAGCAGUGAGAGUCUGGGUCCAAGGCCCAGAGACCUGGCCCCGUGGGCCUGGCAGGCUGCACGCUGGGGUCACCAGAGUGGGCACUGGGGCUGUUCCCCCAGCCUCCGGCUCCCAGGGACCAGGGAGAAGGCUGCUGAGACUUCCCACCGGAGCAGGCUGGUCAGCGCGGCAGGAGGAGGGGGCCAGCCACGUACCGGCCAAAGUGGCGGAGAACCAGGUGGGCCCAGCUGGAUCCUUCCCAGGGACCUGCUCCCAGCACCCAGGAGAAGCCCAAUAAACCUUCGUGAAAUGAGUG